AUGGAACGUAUCCUAAAACAAGCUGUUACCCUUCAUUUUGGGGGACUGAAUUUCCUCUCUUAUGCCCAGCAUGGCUUCCGAAAAGCACGCUCCUUUACCUCGAACUUACUCGUUGCUAAGGAGACCUGGGUAAGGUCGAUAGACUACGGCAAACGCUUGAAAGUGGUAUUUGUUGACGUCAGCAAAGCUUUUGACAAAGCC